CACCCUCUCCCAAAAUCCCAAAAACCCUAGUGGCUAGCUAGUGCCAGCGACAAUAAACAAACAUAGAAAAACCAAAACUGCUUCGAUUACAUUCCUCAAAGGAGCAGCAAACCAAAAACAAUGAAGCCUUGGGGAAAUUUAGGAGUAGUGGAAACCAUCUAUGAAGAAGAAUAUGAGUACUCUUCUACCUCCCCUUCUCUUUCUCCUUCAGUUCUCUCUUCUCCUCCUACACCACUCCAUUCAAGAGUGGAGGCUUGGUCAUCGGCAAUGGGGAGAAAAACUGACGUGUUGAUACAUGUCCAUGGAACAGCUUUUCGCCUUCACAAGGAUCCUCUGUCGUCGAGGAGCACCUUAAGGCGGCAACUAACGGAACUUGAAUUAACGUUAUCCCCACCGUUAAACAUAACGGCCGAAACGUUCGCUCUCGUCGCCGACUUCUGUUACGGGACCCACCUCCUCGUAACGCCGUUCAACGUCGCCUCCCUUCUGCUAGCAGCGGAACUCCUGGGGAUGACGGAGACUAAAGGUGACGGCGACCAGAACUUGAAGCAGAUAACGGAGGGUUACUUCCAUCGAUUCGUCACCCUCAACGGAGAGUACGCGGCGAUUGUUUUCAGGUCUUGCCUGGCACUGCUUCCGGAAGCGGAAACAACGGCUUUCCUUGUUAGUAGAUGCGUGGAGGUUAUGAAUUCGUCGGAAGAUGGUGAGGGCGUAGACGGUUACUUUGACGACGUUAUUUCUUUGCGCGCCGAGGAUUUUAAAAUCGUGGCCGAGUCUAUGCACCAACGAUUUGAGUACCACGAUUUGCUCUAUAGGAUCGUUGAUUUUAUCUCGAGCUUCCUGUUUGAACAGGAGCACAAUGGGAAGAUAACGGAGGAACAGAAGACCCAGAUAUGUAAUUCCAUUGACUGCAACAAGCUCUCACCUCAGCUCCUCCUACAUGCAGUGCAAAACCCUAGAAUGCCUUUGCGAUUCGUAGUCCGAGCCAUGUUGGUGGAACAGCUCAACACCCGCCGCUCCAUUUUCUCAGCUGCCAAUCACUAUUCUUCUCGUACGCAUCGCCCUGCUAGAGACAACAUCACCCUUGGGGCGAUCCUCCAGCACCAUGCCACAAUGCGUGAAACUGCUCAACUCAAGGCAGCAAUGGACGCCACGAGCUCCCGUAUCCAAACCCUGGAAAAACAGCUGCUUUGCAUGAAGAAGAUCUUGCAAGAUUCUGAUCAUAACGGAGGAGUUGGCGCUGGGUCUAGAGAUGUGUUGGGAUCAGGCAGGUCAGCUAGUUUCCAUUACGGUUCAGGGAAUACGAUUGAAAGAGCAGAUAGAGGAGCUUCCUCUUCCGCGAGUUUUCGGUUUAGUCGUCCAGAAGACAAAGUAUUUGGGUCAUCAUCAUCGGAGAAUUCAUGCGUCGACAGUCCUAGAAUCAAGAAAAACAUCGGGCAGAGGUUGAUUAAAGGGCUAAAGAGCGCAUUACUGGUGUCAAAUUCUUCAACCAAGAAUGGCUCUGCUAAGAAAAUUUCAAGCAAGGGAGAAAAUGGAACACUCUAUUUCAAUCAAAGAUGAUCUUAACUUUUCAGGGUAAGAUUCAUCUUCUCUCCAUUACCGCACAACUAAUCAGGUAAACGAUACAUAUAUGCACUCCCAAACUCCCAUUUUAUAGUCUUACAAAGCAUUUCUUACCCAUCAACCAUUUUCAUUAAGUACCGAAAUCCAUUAACCAUCGAUCAUAUAUUAGAUAAUAUGGAGGUCGGAUUCUGAUCAUUCACUUUAAUCAAAUUAACAUGAUUACUGGUUGAUAGCUUGGAGAUAUCCGAUGGGAGUGGUUAUUAGGGGCCUAACAUUAUGUUGUCCCCCAAUUCUUGAUUGAUAGAUACUAGCUAGCCAAUAGGCUUUGACUUUUAGCUAGCUUUCCUCAAAGGCAGAAUUUAAAGACUUUUUAGCUUUCCUCACAGGAUUUGUGCACGUUUCAUGAUUGAAAUAGUUGAAUAGAAACAAGUUUGUUGAUUUUAAGUUGUGAAUAUCUAAAUCUAUAUGUUAAAAAUUCACUAUGAUGGUAAUUAAGGCAGGGAGCAAGAUUAUUGUUUGAACAUAUUUCACUGUUUAUCCUUUUGCAUAAUCAAAUUAUGUGAAUCUAUAUAUUUAUGAUAAUUAUGUACUUAUCUUUUUCUUUUCCUUCUCCAUCUGGUAUAUAAUACGGCUAAUUAUAAGAAAAUAAAUUAGGCCAGUGUAAGGGGGUUUUCAUAUAUCUCGGUUGCAGAAAUUGACUAGGUACUACCAUGAGGUUGAUGUUGAUUACGAAGCUGAAAAUUAAGUUUGUGGUCUAAUUGUUUGUCGCUUUUCUCUAUUACAUCGCAAGUGAUUAAUUAGGAAGACAGCUCCCCCAAAGUUAUGUAGUUAUUUAAUAUAUGGAAAUCAAAUGUAAUCCACGUUAAGUGAGCACAAGUUUACAUUAUAUACAAAACCAAUACUCAACACG